ACAUGUUUGCCUGAUGCUCUUGUACAUGAGUUGGUGAAUGAAUAUGUGCAAGAUCUGUGCACGAUGUUGCACAAGAUCGUGUACAUGAUUUUGUACAAGUUUUUUUUAACUGCGUUGGUCCUUUUUAGUUCUGUAUAAGACUGACGAAUUUUUUCUGGUGGCAGAAGAGCCAAAUCCAUCAAUUGUUUGAUAGUAUGCUUUCCUUUCUCACUUGUUUUAAGAUAUCGUUUUAAUCCGAUUGAGAAAAGCGAAGUGAAAAAUUCCCGAAAAAUUAUUAUAAUUAGAUAUACCCAAGUUCGAAAUACGAGGAUUGUCAAUCCGGACCAAUAUUGGCCAAGUAAUAUCUACUAUAGUACUUUAAAUGUUUUUAACUCAAAUAUUUAUCAGAAUCAAUGUGUGUCAGGGCCACAUAAAACCAAAAUAUUGUGUAAAUUUGGUAUAAAUAAAUCAAUUUUAUCUUCGUAUAGUGGAAGGAGCACCCAUACGCAUCGGAUUAAGGAAACGUAUGGGGAAUCAGAACGAAAAUUUGCAGGAAACUUGCCGUACAAACAUGUAGCAAGUUUGGUUCAACCAACAAAAUUUCGUUCUACAUCAAGGAAGUUAGGCAAGCUUCCAGAAAACUUGUAAAAAGCUUGCUGCAAGUUCUUAUAAUAUUUGAAAAAAAAUUUAGAAAUAAUUUGUUCCUGAAUAAAUAUAAUUAUAAAAUGAAAAUUUGUUGUUGAUUGUUUGUCGAAAUGAUUGAUGAUGGUUUAUUAAUAAGGUGACCAUCCGUCCCGGAUUUCGCGGGACCGUCCCGCAUUUGAGCCUCGCGUCCCGCAUUGGUUCACGUCCCGCGAAACGUCCCGCAUUUUUAGAAAAAGUCCCGCAUGUCCCGCAAAAUUGUUAAGAAUGUACUGCAUUCAGAGGUUAGCAUAGUAACACAUAGGAGUGAGAGAGAUGCACCUCAAUGGCUAUUGCCGUUGUAUGCUUUAUUUUGCGUUUUUACCGAAUAUUACGUAUUUUGCAUUUAGAUACAGUUAAGUGAAGUUAAUGCAGUUUUCCAUCUUCGUUUUCAUGUUUAUGACUAAUUUGUGUUGUUUAUUCGUGGUUGUAAUCGAAGACAUUUAUAAAUAUAUAAAAAAUAUAUAUUGAGAAAUUAAAAGUUUUAUUGAGAAAAAAUUAUAUAUUAUUGAGAUUUCUUCAAAAAGCAUGAAACGAAAAUGUGGUAAUAGAAGGAACAAUGACGGUCGAUCAAAAUUACAAAGACAACAAGAGCAACUGGGUGCGGAAUAUCUUCAUAUAAAGAAAUUUAAGACGGAUUCGCAAAUUUUAUGUCAAAUUUGCCAAAGCGCCUUUACCAUUUCCUCAGGCGGAAAAAAUGACAUUGUCAGACAUAAUGCUUCGGAAAAGCACAAAAAUGCUCUAAAAGAAGCUGCAUCUUCCAGUCAGGUAACAGAUUUCUUCAAAACAAAGAACGUUUUCGGGUCUAAAGAAAAGGAACUUGCCGCCGCAGAAGCUGUACUUAGUUAUCAUACUAUCACUCACAACCAUAGUUUCAGAUCAAUGGAUUGUACUAGUAGACUUGUACAAAUUCUUUUCGAAAAAAAAUUUGCAUGUAAAAGAACAAAGACUGAAGCUAUCGUUGUGAAUGUUCUAGCACCGCAUGCUCAAAUGAAUUUAAAAACAGAAUUGUCGUCUGCGUCUUACGUUUCUAUUUAUACAGACUCGUCGAAUCAUAAAGAUUUGAAACUUUUUCCAAUUCUGGUUAGAUAUUUCGCUCCAAAAGUGGGAACUCAAAUAAAAAUUUUAGACCUUGCAGCUCUUCCUGGGGAAACUUCUGACAUAAUUGUAACGUAUUUGCUAGACCGAUUAGAGAAUCACGAAUUAAAAGAAAAAUUAGCCGGUUAUUGCGCUGACAAUACUAACGCUAAUUUCGGAGGUCGAGCUAGACAAGGCAAAAACAAUGUAUUUUUCAAAUUGAAAGACAAACUUAGUCAAAAUAUUAUCGGAGUCGGUUGUACUGCACACAUCGUACACAAUACAGUUAAAUCCGCUGCAGAUUUGUUACCAAUUGAUAUUGAGAACAUUGUAGUCAAAAUAUAUUCGCGCUUUUAUAUUUAUACAGUCAGAGUCGAGUCACUUAAAGAAUUUUGCGAAGAAGUUGACAUUGAGUAUAAGAAGCUUUUAGGGUACAGUAAUACUCGUUGGUUAGCUCUUUUACCGGCAGUAGAGCGAAUUCUUAAAUUGUUUAACGCGUUGAAAUCUUAUUUUUUGUCUUUAGACAAAUGUCCAAAUGAUAUUCGAAAUUUUUUUAACGAUGAAUCGUCCGAGUUAUGGUUACUUUUUAUUCACAAUCAGGCUGCGUUAUUUUCUAACACUGUUGUUAAUCUCGAAGGACAAAAAGUAACAAUUAUGGAAACAUGUCGAAUUAUCAAUGAUUUAAAAAGAAAAUUAAGUGACCGGGAAGAAAAUGGUUUUCUGCCACUUACGAUGCGACAAAAAUUGAACUUUUUAAUCGAAGAGGGACAAAUAAAUGAGGAGUGGUUUAAAUCGCAAGUAAAAUUGUUUUACAACAACUGUCUAAGUUAUUUAGAUAGUUGGUCUGAAGAUGUUCAAAUCGGUAAUAGCUUUAAUUGGGUACUUUUGUCUACAGUUCCGCAAUGGGAAGAGGUCUCGGUCACUCAUGAAGAAAUGGUGCAAUCAUUUAAUCUCGAAAUAAACGAAAACGACUUGUUCGACGAAUUGUCUUAUGUAAAAGAAUAUGUUUUAAACAAAGUUAAUAAGUGGAACGAAAAAAAAAUCGCUAUUGACCAAAGAUGGGUUGAAAUAUUUCAACACUUUGAAUCACAACAUGUACCAUAUGUUAACAUUGUUAAACUUGUGGAAUAUUGCCUAUGUCUUCCUGGAACAAAUGCUCCUACGGAAAGAGUUUUUUCGGGAAUAAAUCAAAUUUGGACUUCGGAAAAGUCUCAGUUAUCCGUUGAAACAUUAAAAAAUACCCUGUUUGUCAAAUAUAAUUUGGAAGGAUCUUGCGAAGAAUUUUAUAAUUUUGUCGAAAGUAAGGAAGACAUUCUAAGACAAAUUCAUUCGUCCGAAAAAUACGCGUAAUUGUAAUUUAAAAAAGUGAGCAUAAUUAAAGUUUAAUUGACAUUCAAUCUGUAUUGUUUCACAAUUAUUAAAUUAUUAUUUUCCCGCUUUUCCUGUUUGAUGACCUUUUUUUUUUUUUUGCUUUUCAGGACAGGGAUUUGAGCGUCCCGCAUUGGAGCUUUUUAAAAAUGGUCACCUUAUUUAUUAACUAUCAGUAAGAAAUAGAGAAAUUAAACUAACUUAUUCAAUAAACAAGAUCGAGAAGAAGAAUCUUUUUAUCAAGAAAAUUUAAAACUGAUGUUAUCUUAAGCAAAUUUUUUAUUUUUAUAAUAUAUUUUUUUUUAUAAAAUGAAAAUUCGUUGUUAAUUGCAUAAGGCUGCAAAAAAAAAUCGGUUGUCAGAAGAUCGAGGAGUCAUUUCCCGUAGUUUUUGGUGCGCUGAAUCCGAAUCUGGCAAUGAAAACCUCCCAUCACGUCAGGAUUUUGAGAAAAGUGGGGGUUAAAGGUUCCAAAAAUCACAUUUUUCGCAGUUUUUGAAAAUUUCUACAGGGCAAACCUGACGUGCUAGAGACUUGUCUUAGGACUCCAAUUAAAGCUUAAUCUGUGUUCUUCACAAAGAUACAGCGAUAUUGACAACAACAAAUUAAAUUAGCUGUCAUGAAUGAUUUUUUUAAGUUGUAAAACUCAAAAAUUGACUCACAAUGUCCGUAAAUACAACUAACCCACUUUUCUCCAAAUUCCUGACGUGAUGAGAGGUUUUCAUUGCCUGAUUCGGAUUCGAAUUCAAUCCUUUUUUCAAUUAUAUUAUAACUCAUCAAUUGUAAAAAUUCUAAAAUUGUGAUUUUUUCAUCAGCUAUAUCAGUCCAACAGGUUUUCAAUUCUUUCAAUUUCGUUUUUGAAUAAAUUUUGGAUGAUUGUACUCCUUUUUCUGAUUGACCACCUACAAUACGCUCGUGGUUUGUAUAAAUGCGGGACUGCAAUGCAAGCAUCGAUUUUUAAGUUUCACAACUUGAAAAAAUCAUUUUUGACAGUUGAUUAAGACAAGUCUCUAGCUCGUCGGGUUUGCCUGCUAGAAAUUUUCAAAAACUGCCAAAAACGAGUAUAUUGCAAACAAAUUUUGUUAAUUACAAGGAUGAAAAUAUUAAUAUUAGUUUUUACUCUCCAACGGAAAACUGAUAUAAAUCUUUAAUUUUCAGCACAACUUUAUACGUGGCAUCAAGAAAAAGCAUUUUAUUGUCAGCGAUUAUUAUUUUAGUAACUAUAUAAAAACAUUAUUGAAAAAAAAUUAAUGUCAUUUUUAUUCCAUCUAUGCAUCGGUGACCUCAUUCUGCGAAGUGACAUUCCUUGUAAUGCUUUUGGGUGACUGUACAAAAAAUUGAGAGAGCGGUUAUACUUUACUUGCAUACGCAUGGUAUUUUUCGAAAAAGUUUUGUAUGAAUACGAUAAAGACCUUUGCAUAAACUAGAAUAUUUAUAUACAAGAAAAAUUUGAUUUUUAAAAAUUUCAUUAUUGAAACAUAAGCUUUUAUUUAAGUUCUUUAAGGGCAAGUCCAACAUGUCAAAUGUAAACAAACCAUGCACAUUUUUUCGCACUUCUUAUUUGAAUAGGAAAUGAAAAUUUGUUACUUUCUUUGUGAAAAUGGUAAAUUUAAGUAUUAGGCUUGGUUACUAUACUUUAAUGAACUAAUUAUU